AUGGGAUCUGAUGACAAUUGUCAUAAUUUACAGAAAGUAAAUGAUGCUGAGGGGAGUGCUGGAGAGGCAGGAAAAGCAGUAGCUCAGAGUGGCAUGCGCAAGUCUAUUUAUUGCCUAUGUCCAACUGGUGACACUCCAUCAUCUGCUAGAUUGUUUGAUGCUAUUGUUAGUGGGUGUAUUCGUGUUAUUAUUAGUGAUGAACUAGAGCUUCCCUUUAAAGGAAUACUUGAUUAUUGGAAGGUAUGCCCUUUUAAUUUUUUGAUAGCUUUGUUUGUUUCUUUGAGCGACGCUGUGCAAUCGGGAUCACUUUUAAAGUUCCUCAGAAGUGUUAGUCCUGCUCAAAUCAAGGCAAUGCAAAUGAACUUAGCUAAGGUCUCAAGGCAUUUUCUAUAUUCCCAACCAGCUCAACCUAUGGGUCUAGAAGACUUGAUUUGGAGAAUGACAGGCAAACUCCAUGGACAAGUGCAGUUGGGAUCACUUUUAAAGUUCCUCAGAAGUGUUAGUCCUGCUCAAAUCAAGGCAAUACAAAUGAACUUAGCUAAGGUCUCAAGGCAUUUCCUAUAUUCCCAUCCAGCUCAACCUAUGGGUCUAGAAGACUUGAUUUGGAGAAUGGAUGAUUUGACAGCCACACGUGUACAGCAGUGUCACCAGUCCCAAUUUACUGUGCAAAGAAUCAUCGAGACCGCUGGAGAUAAUGAGGCCUUGCUCUUUGAAUCCUUAUAUGUGAAUGAUGAAAUUUAG